AUGGCUGGGCUUCGCAGAUCCAAGCGACUGGAGUCUGGCAAUCAGCCUGACCAAGACAAAGUCAUCAAGAUCGCAAGAGUGUCAAAAGAUCAGGAAAAUGCGGUUACAGGGAAGAGAAGAAGACUGGGGAGAGCGCCAUGGAAGGACCUUCGGGCCCAGGGGUCGACACAGCGAGUGGCCACUUUACAGCCAACCAUAUUCAUUUCUGAGCUGACGUCUUUGAAGGCAUCGCUGGAGAAUGCACCGCCAAAGGAUGUAUCGCCAAAGGAUACAUCGCCGAACCGUGCUUCGGAACAACAGCCGGACGAAGAAUUUCUGCCAGCAAACCCAUUCAAGGAUAAGGAAGAGGGUUUUGCAGACUUCAGACGGGCUAUCCAGACGUCCAUUGGGUUGGAUGAUCAACAAGUUUACCUUUACCGUAAGUGGAAGGAACUUGGUAACCAGAUUCAGGCUGUCUCAGGGGCAGCUGGUUUCAGCGACCGCUCCUGGGAUAGUCUUGAUGAGCCCGCUCAGCAGAGGUUCAUUGGAUAUUCGCCUCAUGCCCAACAGCUCUUUGAGGACGCUUUCUCACGUGAGCAUAUAUCCAGCUGUUGGAUCUGGGAGGUCGUUGAUGAGAACUUUUUCGCUGGAAAGAGUCAGGACAUUGAACCCGGAUUCAAGUAUCCCAACUGGCGAUACACCACAAUCGAUCUCUAUUACUCCCUCAAAGGAGUGAGGAGCUCUGACCUUAGGAUUGAGCCGGGAUGCGUGGUCAAGAUCUUGAAGAAAGCGCUUGACCAAUACCUCCCUGAUAACCCUGGCCCCUGGCUCAAACAGAUGCUCUCACAACUCGCAGAAACGGUUGUCAAGUUCGAGCUCUGGUUCGACUGUGGUUGUGAGACUCUUCGGCUUGUCUUUGAUCACCCCGAGAAUAAGGAGCCAUCUGGAUUUCCAUUUUCACCCAGAGCCAAGGGAUCCAACGCUAGAAAAGUGAUGGAAAGAGUUGACGGCUUCGAUGCCAUGUACGAGGGUCAGCUUGUCAACCUGGUUGUGUCGCCUAUACUGAUGGUCUAUGGGACUCCCGAUGGAUAUGAUUACGAAGACGAAGUGGUUAAGACGGAGGAGAAUGGGGAGGGGGACGGAGAAGAGGAGGCGAAGAUCAUCAAGGAUAAAGAGGGUGGCACAAAGUAUGAGGAUGAGAAGAAGAACGAGGGCGAGGACUAA